GAAUGGGGUAUUUUCCCUGAGCGCAGCGCAGCGCAGCUCUCGCUCGGGAAACAUCGACCUGUGGAAUUCUCGGCAUCUCUUAAAGUUAAACUUCAUAGACUAUACUUUAAUGUUACUAGUUUGAUGACUCUUCGCAGGCGUUUAUGUCCGCUUUUAUGUCAUUUCCUUUUACUGUUUCAUUUUUUACCUAGCCUACUAUUUAAAAUACUUUAAACUUUGACAUUGCGCUUAUAUGAGAAAACAGGUGAAAUUUGCUCAAAAUGUUUGACUGUUGUCUGUCGGAAGAAGACAGAGAACGCGCCCGAAUUCACAAGGCGAUUGAGAGACAACUGUACCGUGACAAAAGAGAUGCGACAAGGGAGUUAAAACUUUUGCUCCUCGGAACAGGAGAAAGUGGGAAGAGUACUUUCAUCAAACAGAUGAGGAUCAUUCAUGGCGCUGGCUACUCCAACGAUGACCGAAGAGGCUUCAUCACGCUGAUCUACCAGAACAUCUUCCAGAACAUCAAUGCCCUGAUCCAGGCCAUGGGCACCCUCAAAAUCUCGUUUGUGGAUGACAACAAUAUACAAUGUGCUCAGCUGCUCAGUGGCGUUCAGGCCGAGUCAAUGACCAGUCUGGAGCCUCAGAUGAUUGCCGCCAUCAAGCGGGUGUGGGCAGAUCACGGACUACAGCAGUGCUACGAACGCCGAAGAGAGUUCCAGCUCUCAGACUCGGCCAAAUAUUACCUGAGUGACAUAGAUAGGCUAUCUGCGGUUGGUUACUUGCCCACGGAGCAGGACAUUCUUAGGGUCAGGGUGCCAACCACGGGCAUUAUCGAGUACCCUUUUGAUCUCUCACAGGUCAUCUUCAGGAUGGUGGAUGUGGGAGGCCAGAGGUCAGAAAGGAGGAAGUGGAUCCACUGCUUUGAGAACGUGACCUCCCUCAUCUUCCUGGUGGCACUGAGUGAAUAUGACCAGGUGUUAUACGAGAGUCACCAAGAGAACCGUAUGGUGGAGAGCAAAGCACUAUUCAAGACCAUCAUCUCCUCCAACUGGUUCACAGAGUCCUCCAUCAUCCUCUUCCUCAACAAAAAAGACAUUUUGCAGGAGAAGAUUUUAAAGUCACACCUGGUAGACUACUUCCCUGCAUAUACUGGUCCCAAGCAUGAUGCUGAAAGUGCUCAGAGGUUCAUUUUGAAGAUGUACGAGCAGCAGGACCCGGACCGGCAGAAGUCUCUCUAUUCCCAUUUCACCUGUGCCACCGACACGGAAAACAUCCGCUUCGUCUUCAAUGCCGUCAAGCACACAAUACUACAGAACAACCUGGAGAUGUUCAAUCUGCGCUAAACACCAACAGAGUGGCCACUGAUUUUAGGACAGGGCGAUGUGUGUGUGCGUGUGUGAGUGUGUGUUUGUGUGUGUGUGUGUGUGUGUGUGUGUGUGUGUGUGUGUGCGCGUGCCUGCCUGCCUGCGUGCUUGUUUGUGCAUGUGCGCACAGAUGCGAACUCGUGUUUGUGUGUUUAUGUGCUUGUGGUUUGUGUAAGGGAGAAUGUAUGCCAUGGGCUCUUUAUUGUAUUGUAUUUAUGAAAACCUUUGUCUCAUUGUUUAAAGUUGAUAUACCUGCAGACUGGUGCCAAGAGUGGCUUGAAGUGGAGACUGGGUUGCUGCCAUGCUGGUUUGUACAUUAAAUUCAGUGAAGGAAGUCAAAGAUGUCAGACAGUUGGCAUCUCCUGAGGUGGGGAUUGAGUUGCUGCCAUGCUGGUUUGCACAUUAAAUUCAAUGAAGGAAGUCAAAGAUGUCAGUCAGUUGGCCUCUCCUGCCCCAUGCCUUGUACCGUGGGGAUUGCAGGCCAAGCCGAUGGUCUGACAUCUGCUAACAUCUGGCCAGCUGAUGAGGGUCUAUAGCCUCAAUCGGUGCAGUGUGCGCAGUUCUGCCAACACCGACGGACCUUUAUCGACUGACGUACAGUGUCUGAGUCGUUGGGAGAUAGGCUGUUCUGUUUGGCUGUUUAGCUUGCCUACUUGUUGCCAAGAUGCACAGUGUAAUAGCCUAAUCAGAUAUUUCCUUAAGGAGAUCCUGGGAGUUAGGGUUUUGCCUCUGGAUGACUGGAUCUAAUAACACAAUUUCACCUUCUUUCUCCUUAAACAACCUAAAGAUCUAGGACCGACAAUGCCAGUGUCAUUUGCAACUUGUUAUCAAGCAUUGUCUUGAUUAAAAGUUGAUAUAUUUUGCGCACUGUCCAAGUGAGCAAGAGUAGUGUGGAAAUGAUUGGUGUAGUAGUGCAAUUUGUUCAAACCUGGGGUGUUCAAUAAGGAACACAAGGUCCUGACAACUCACAACUGCUGCCCAGAGAAGACACACUAGACUCCUGCCUGUCUGCCUCUUAUCACUUCUACUGUAUUUGCUGAGAUUCUAAAGACUGAUUUGACUUUAUCUGAAAACAGAUCUGUUCUCCCCUAUGAUGUACAACUCUCAAGUUUCUAUGCUAUCUCUCUCUCUCUCUGUGACCCAAAUUAAUCUUCAAGUGUUUUAAUGGGACUGUGUGUCUGUAGCUCAUGCACAUUGUUGCAGUUAUUACAAAUCCCUCUGAAAACAUUGUGUUCAAAUAUGUGUUUGCAUCCUGGUUGUGAAUAGCUGCAAAGCCUUGAAAUGACUUGCAUUCCUUUCAUGUGUCAAAAUGAGGAAGUGAGCAAGGAAAUGUUCACAAUGAUUGAGAAUGUUUGAGAAUGUUUGCAAAGAGAAGGAUUUAGAAGUUAUAAUUGAUAGUUUAUUUUACUCCCUUUUUUAUUGUAUGUUUUUCUUUUCUUCACAUGUGCUUUGUGAAAUAAAUUAUUACCUUUGAGUA